AUGACGCAUUCCACGACCUCGGCGUUUAUUACGUAUUUUUGACGCGAGCGCUCACUUCUCACAUUGUCAUUUCACUCAUCAUGGGUAGUUCAUCGAUGCAGAGCUUGCUGAACUUGUUGGUAAAAAAUGUUAAGAGAUGUUAAACGAUAUUUGUUAUCACAGAAAUGAGGAAGCCCCCUGAGUUGAGCCGCCACUGUGGCGUAUCAGUUGGUAAGUGCAUGAGCCGCCUGCAUUCUCCAUCGAAGGCAGAACGUGAUCGCGCAACCUUACCCGUGAGCAAUCUCCCAACUUAUCUCUGCUUUAGGUUUUACAUUUGUGUCAUCACCUGUCAUGCAUGGAAAGCAAUGGAAAGGAUAUAAAGAUUAUAUGUAUAUUACAUUACUGAUGUAACACCUGAACGUAAAGUGAUAUUUAUAAGAUUUAAAAAUGGCGAAUAUAAUUAAGGUGUAACAUAUGCAUUGUGAUUAACACGACUACAGUGAGAUUAACACAAAAUACUAUAAUUGAUAUUCCUUUACCUAUGAUUCUGAGAAAAUGGAAAAAGAAAGGUUUACAAUGCUGCUCUUGGAACCAGGAGAAAUUUUCUUUGAAGACUUUAGUGUUCAGAUGAAAACGCUGGGGUCAUUAGGUUCUGAAAAAAAUGCAUGGAUAGAUGGAAGGCUAAAAUUAUGCUCAAAAUCAUUGGUAUUUGUAAAUAAAGACAUUAAUCAGCCAUUGAUUAAAAUUCAGCUUAAGGAGACUAUAACGGUUGAAAAAUCAGAUCGAACCGAUAGUUCAACAGGAUCCAAUGAUAUUUUGUCAAUUAAUUGUAAGCAAUAUGUGGAGAUGUUGGAAGGAAAUAUUCUUGCUCCUUACAAAUUUGUACAUAAAAAUACAUGUUUUUUAUUAUCUUUUAAUUAUGCCAAAGUUGAGGAUUGCCUUUCUCAAAUGUUGCAACUUUUGCGAGCAGCAUCUCUUCCAACAGCGGAACAAAAUGCUAUGAUAAUGGCAAUUGUGCACUCGAGGCAAUCUAGAUUUUCAUUUGAUACUUCAUGGCUUGAGGAUUUGUAUGAACAUGUAGUAAUAGAAGUGCAAGCCAAUAAAGUAUUACCAUUAAUUAUAAAUCCAGGAAGAGUUUUAUUGACAACAUCGAGGAUCUACUUUCAAGCAUACAAUAACCUGGAUCAGCAUCCAGUUCUAAAAGUUCAACUCAAAGACAUUAAAAGUAUUAUUAAAAGAAGGUUUUUAUUGCGUCAAGUUGGCCUUGAAAUUAAAUGGGUCAGACAGAAUGACUCAAAGACUGAGUAUCUGUUUUUGUCAGUAAAAACCCAGGAAGAUCGAGAUCAACUAUAUGACAGCUUAUUAAAGCAGGUAGAAGUUCACCUAGAAACCAUUCCACAAAACCAAAUGACAAUAUUAUGGCAGAAUGGAUCUUUGUCCAAUUAUGACUACCUCUUGUAUAUUAAUAGUUUAGCAGAUAGAACUUUCCACGAUUUAACUCAAUAUCCAGUCAUACCUUGGAUUGUGCAGGAUUAUACUUCUCAAUCAUUAGACCUAAAUGACCCUGGUGUUUAUAGAGAUUUAACAAAGCCAAUUGGAGCUCUCGAACCAGAAAGGUUAAUGAGAUUGAAAGAGCGUUAUGAAGAAAUGUCACACCCAAAAUUCCUGUAUGGAUCACAUUACAGUGCUCCAGGGUUCGUUCUAUUCUAUUUGGUACGAAAAUAUCCGCAAUAUAUGCUUUGUCUUCAGAAUGGUAGAUUUGAUCAUCCAGACAGAAUGUUUAACAGUGUAGCUGACGUGUGGAAAAAUGUAUUGGGGAAUAUGUCUGACUUUAAAGAACUGAUCCCAGAAUUUUACGACCCAACCAACAACGGUGAUUUUUUAGUGAAUAGUUUCGGAAUAGAUUUUGGUUAUCGCCACGAUGGCAGUAAAAUCGGAGAUGUUCAGCUACCUCCUUGGGCAAAAGGUCCAUCUGAUUUUGUACAGCAACUGAGAAAUGCUUUAGAGAGCGAGUGUAUAUCUCAAACUCUUCAUUAUUGGAUCGAUUUAAUUUUUGGCUAUAAGCAAAGGGGAGUAGAAGCAGAAAAAGCUGAUAACGUAUUCUUUCACUUGUGUUAUGAGGGAGCAGUUGAUUUAGACACUAUUCGAGACAUUAAUGAUCGACACGGCAUGGAGGUUCAAAUAAUGGAGUUUGGACAAAUACCAAAACAAGUUUUCAAUUUACCACAUCCAAAACGUUUGGACCCUGUAGCAAAAAUGAUUAAUUCUGAAUCCUUUAUUGCAUCAUGUUGUGGACAAGAAUGUAUAACAAACAAGUCAAUAGUGUUACGCGAGGUUAUGACGUUUCAAUCUCAUAAGGAUGGUAUUUCUAGUGUUACCAUCACAAACGAGUGUAGAGGAGAUGAAGUAAUAUCUGUGGGACAUGAUGGAACACUUAAAUUAUAUUCUAUGAAAAGUGGAAAAUUAACCCGCAGUGUGACGUUAUCAUCGCUGCCUUUAUCAUCUUGCAUAUCAUAUGAAACUUCGUUUUGUCAUAACGUCCUAGUUGCUGGUUCAUGGGAUAAUACAUUAAUCUUUUACGAUAUUGAAUUUGGGAAGGUUAUAGAUAUUUUACUUGGUCACGAAGAUGCGGUUUCUUGCUUAAUAUGGUGCCCAACACGUAACGUUUUAAUAUCUGGAUCUUGGGAUUGUACUGCAAAAGUAUGGCAAAAAUAUGCACCUGGCAAAAAAAUUAAACCAGCAGAAUAUCUUAUUGCUCAACUAGAUCAUGAUUCUAAAGUGACGUGUAUUAGUGUGUCAAGUGACGAAAGCCUUUUAGUAUCUGGGACCGAGGAAGGAGAACUAUUUUUAUGGAAAAUGGAUACAUAUAGCUUACAGUUCACUGUUAAAGGACAUACAGCAAAGGUUUGCGCAAUGACGUUUCAUCCUGAAUCCAAAAAUAUAAUUUCCUGUGCCGAUGACAAGAUUUUGAGUGUUGUCGAUGUUCAGACGAGUACACAAAUAUUUCAUACUACUUUAGAAGCUGAAGCAAGGUCACUGACAUGGUUUGAAUCUUUACUACUAAUUGGAGACGUUCAAGGGAAUCUUAAUGUAUGGAAUUCUCAAGAUGCCGUUUUUCUGUCCAAAUUACAUUGUCAUAGUGGUUCUCUGACAGCUAUAACGGUUACAAUCGACAAUACAAAAAUAAUUACAGGUGGCAAAGACCGAAAAGUUAUUGUAUGGGAAUUGUCCUAAGCAGUAAAACAAAUUCAUUAGUGAUUCAGCAAUAAAUUAUGAACGCUAAUGCCGAUCUUAAGAUAGAACACCAAUUAGGUAAAAUAAUUUAGAAUAUAUGUUACAAUGAAUAUAACCAAAACAGAAAGAUGAAUUUAAAGGGAACUUAAAUUAUAUCACCGGUACAUUACAAUCGAAAAUAUACUGAAACUAGAAUAUAUAAUGACGAAAGAA